AUGCGAUCUCGAGCAGGGCCACAACUUGGGAUGUGCAGAGAUUGCAAGGCCACAACUUCGGACGUGCAGAAGUUGGCGCAGGACUUCAAGGCUCUGCCAGCCGUGGACCUUACGCCCGUGUUGGAAGCGAUCUCGAGUAGGGCGACAGUUGCAGAUGUGCAGCAGGCGGUGCGGGACUUCAGCCCCCAGCCCGUUGUGGACUUCACUCCUGUGCUGGAUGCGGUCCACAGCAGGGCGACGGUGGCGGACGUGCAGCGGCCCGUGCAAGAUAUCAAGCUCCAGCUGGGAGUGGACUUGAGGUCUGUGCUGGAUGCGAUCUCGAGCAGGGCCACAACUUCGGACGUGCAGAAGUUGGCGCAGGACUUCAAGGCUCUGCCAGCCGUGGACCUUACGCCCGUGUUGGAAGCGAUCUCGAGUAGGGCGACAGUUGCAGAUGUGCAGCAGACGUUGCAGGACUUCAGGUCAGUGCUUGCGACAGCGAACGCAGGCGUUGAUUUGCAGCCGGUGGUGGACGCAAUCUCCAGCAGGGCGACAGUCGCAGAUUUGCAGAAGGCGGUACAGCCUACAUCAAGUUCCAGCUAG